AUGCAGACUAUAGUUGAAAUCAAACGAGCAUGGACAAGCAGAAUAUUAACAUAUUGCUGAUGUUUUCCCAGAGUUCUCGAUGUGCUGGCCACUGUGACGGCGCAGUCUAACGGUCUGUCUCAGCCUGAGAUACUGCGGCUCAUCCAGUGCAGUCCACAGCAGGAGCAGAUCGAGGUCGAGCAGCAGAGAGACACGGAGGAGGAGGAUGUAAAGCUGGCUGAUGUUGUGUCGACAGCAUCGCCAGCUAAAAUCAAGAACUUGGGUUUUCCUAAUUUAGGGAACACAUGCUACAUGAACUCCGUGUUGCAGUGCCUCCUCACUGCUUCCCCCUUCCGGGACGAUGUCCUAUCCCAGCGGGAGCACUGGAAUGAGGGGAGCACAAUGCUCAGGGCGCUUACUGACCUGCAGUUGACCAGGCUAACAGGCAAUGAUGUGAAGCUAAAGGUGAAGCUCUUGUCUGCAGUCAAGCGAGGCAUUGAAACUCACCAUCCGGAUUUCUGGGGAGACCAUCAGCAGGACGCCCAUGAGUUCCUGAUGGUCUGUCUAUCCCAUUUGAAGGAGGAGGGUGAGUUUCUGCAGAGCGUCUGGCCUAAAUACUAG